AAGCACGACAAUGAUCACCAAGACAAGAAGACAGUCGACAAGACGGGAGUCGAUGAGGCUGAACAAGACCAAGAUAGCCAGGAGUCGCAAGCUAGGAAUAACGUCGGGAGCAACAAGAUCUCAAAGCCUGCAUGCAAAGAAUUGGUGAUGAAUCUUUGCCGCGAACUCGCCCGAUUGUCCGUUGGUAAGGAGACAGAAACCUUGGCCUUCUUCAAAGCUCAAGACCACCUGCUCGAAGCCAAUCUCCACUUUGAUGUACAGCUCUACGUCCUGAACCAUCAACAGAGCCUCAAGAACAACAACACCGUCUGGCACCGUGACGAGGAUGGCUCUUUCCGUGCUGUGGCAUGGACAAGCCGAUUUAUGUACCUUCAAGACCGCAAAUCUUAUCUGGACAGAGAUGGCCACGUCGAUCAUGAGUGGGCGGAUGAGAAGUGGCGCCUGUGGUCUGAGCGAGACUUCCAUCCUGCUGUCGAGGCGUAUGUCGAGUACAACGAGCCAGGCGCUGAGAUGAUCGCACUCGAUAAAGUAACUGAGAGCGUGCGUCGUACGAACGACGCUGUUAAAGACAUCUGGGCCGAGCUCACCUGUGCAAAGAAGACGCUCGAAUUCGCAGUCCUCCCACCAAACUCACGCGAUCCCGACCAUCUGCCGACGGCCUUGAAAGCUAUCUUGGAAGACUUGACCACCUAUCUGCGCACCAUCGACACUGCUCAACAAGAAUCGAAGGAACGGCUCAAGUCCCUGGACCUCGCGGUCAAGUCUCUAAUCAGAUCGACAUACAGCGCCGAAAGAUCCAGAAAGAGAAGGGAAGAAGAUGAUGAGAAGAUGAUUGAUACAGUCAGGUUCCUCAAAAAGUGUCUGGAUAACCACUGCAGACUCUUCAACAUGAUUCUCGGCAAGCCAGAGCCAUUGGUGCAGCAAGGCACCGAUCUGAUUCAGACCAUGUUGUCCGAGAUGUUCGGCUUGCCUUUGCCAGCUAUCGAAGAAGUCACAGAAGAGCCACGAGCAGGAAGAGAAGUAGAGCUGGAGUCAGAAUCUGAAGUCGAAGUCAUCUGGGAGAAGUUCGAGUCUCAAGAUCUCAUGGAUUCCGACGAGUACAUCGGCGAUACCAGCAGUGAAGAGACCGAGUCAACGCCGGAGACAUCAAAACACUGCGAAAGAGCACUGAGACGUGAAAAGCGCGAGAGACUGUACGACAAAUUCGGCUUCUCGAUUAUUCACGAUGAUGCAGAAGAUCUGGAGUCUUCAGGAGGGGAAGAGCGCUCAAGAACUAAGCGCCAAAAGAGGCUGACGAAGAGACCCAACGAGUCACCCAUGCGUAAACUUUCCACUCGUCACCGGACUCCUGUCAUGAGACAGACUACACUCUCCUUCCACAAAGUUCGCAAGAGCAGAAGACUGUUCUCUCGCAAAGAGUUGAGCCAGAACGUGAGCAACCAAGACCAAGAAGAAGCAGAAGUCACCUCUCCGGGCCCCAUUAGAAGAAACCCCAGAAAAGCUAUCGUCGAAGAUGCAGACUACCGCGACGGUUUUCAGUCUCGGUUCAAGCGAAUACUCAGAUCAGGGGCCCAGAAGUGA